AUGGGAAAACCAUUCUCUCCCCAGGUCAGUUGGAGCAUUUAUUUCGGGUGCCGUGUCCAUGACAAGGCCCUGACUGUCACCGGGCUCGACCCUUACUUUGUGACCCCCAAUGGUUUCAGGGUGCCCAUGGCCAUCCAGUCCGGGCUACCCUAUGUCCAACUACGGCCACCUACUGACCAGGAGCUCAGUGACAGUAGUAUUCCCCAUGUGGACCUCACCAGCCCUCAUGCCUGGGAUCCCUCCUGUCUUGACUCUGUCCCUGCGGAUGACUGGUUCCUUCAGCAGGACAACACCCUUUACGAUGAUGGGGAGUUCCCACUGGACCCUCUUGGGCGACUUCGAGUGUUUGAUGACGACUUCGUUGACCACUCUGACCGCCAGAACCAGUCCAUUGAUCGUCGUGGCAUCAUGGAAGCCAUGGCACACAUCAUCUCCGACGAGAUUGACCUUCCCCCCCUCAUGGAGCGAGAAUCCCACGGUUAUGACUCAGACUCCUCGGAUGACAGUGAUGGUUAUGCUUCUGAUCCUGAUACUCCAUGGCAAUGCCAUGUACAAACCCGGGCCCAACGCCGGCGCCGGCCCACCCCUUUGGCAGCCCCUUUGUCAUCAGGUGCUGGGGAGGAUUGUUCAGGACCACCUUCAACACAAGCUAAGCCAAAGGUUAAGACUGUAUCGGACGACGCGGACACGGAACCACUUCGGUCCAACAACAAGGCCAAACACCACACCGGUCUUGAGUUCCCACCCAAGUCCAAGAAGGUCAAGACUCAGAGCACCGCCAAACUCAGGAGGUUCUUCCCAGGAGUUACCGAUGAGACUAUCAAGCGAACUCUCGAUGCUACCACUCAGUAUGGAACCAAGGGCGCCACUCAGGGAAGGACACUGAGAGGCCAGAUCCUCAACUUUUCAUUGGCAGGACCUCCCACUACAGGACACUUUGCCCCGCUGGGAGCUCUGAUGCCAGUUAUAUCAGGAAUCUGA